UGAGCUUCCCUGUUUACAAAUACUUACAAGAGCUGGUCACACUAUCAGCUGUUUUUUUAAGAAUACAAACCAAUGGAAUCUCAAUUUGAUAACACAGACGAAAACUAUUGGAACCGCUCCUCGAGAGCUGCCUUUAGCUUUGACGACGAAGAUGAUGUUGAUCUUGGCGAUGCCGGCGUCAGAGGAAGCUCAGGUCACGCCAGCCAGAACAGUAAAUGGGACAACAAUUCAAUAUUUAAUGACGACACCAUAUCAGAGGCCAGUUUUGAUAAUAGUGCCGCGCUGGGAACACUGAAUCAUCUCUCCAUUAAAGCCAUAUUGAGCGAUGAGGCGCUUAGUCUGGUGUUACAAGAACAAACAUUGGACGAUCAUGUCAUGCCCAAGGGCGUAACGCCUGAGGAGGAGCUAAAGCUGUUGCGACGCCAAAUACAGAGUACUCUGUACAGCCCCAAUCUGGAAGCUACCGCACAGAAGCUACUGCAUGGCAAAGUGGCACCAUUGGAAAUGUUCAAAUCGCUGCUGGAGAAGCGACAACUGUUGGAUAUGGUGUUGGCCAACGGCGGCGAUGCGAUAAUUGGUGUGCUGCUGUUCCUCAAACGCACGCUGAACACCACCCAGUUCCAUAACAUACUACAGCAGCGGCCCAAGGCGCUGGAACACUAUCUCAGUUACCUGCGGCAAAGCGGUGAUGUGAGCCACUAUAUUGAUAUAUUGCAGCGGUUCGGUCGCCACCAGGAAGCUGCUCUCAGGCAGUUUCAAGCAGCCAUGACCUGCAGUGAAUUGACAACGCGAAAACAACAGCUGCAGCGUCUGGUUGAUGCGUAUGCCAGCGCUGGUGUGGGCGUUAUUUCACUAUAUGAGCAGGUCUUUCAUGCGGCCUUAAAGCUGCAGCUGGUCAAGGAAAAGGAACCUGUAACUGGUCUGGCCCAACAGAUAGGUGAUGAGCCCACGCCCAUUGAGUUUUUGUAUGUAUGCUGCACGCAGAACAAGAACUGGAAGGAACAGGACAUGCUUAAGCUCAGCUCACCCCAGCGCUUUGCCGCCGAUCAGGAAAUCUCACCAGCACAGUAUGAAUGGACUGCGCUAAAUGAACGCGCCCAUGCACAAGCCUAUGCGGAUUUGGAAUGCAUCUUUGAGCGCGUUUCCGGUUGGAAUCCGCUCAAAACGAAGCAGUUUCACAUUAGCUUUGAUUUGUCACUAGCCGUGCAGCGGCUCUUUGAGUUGCAGGCGCCUGCAACGGUAUUACAGCUAUUUCUCUCCAAGAUGAGCAACAGUCCCGAAAAAUUGGCACUGGCGCAACGUGUCAAAUGCAUCAAAGCCGUCAUUGAUGCUAUGGUCAGUCUAAAACAACAGCAAGAAUUACAGCAAUUGAAGGAAACGCUACCUGAACGAUCCGAGGAGCAGUUUUACUGUGAAAAUGCGCUCAAAUUGCUGCAAAGCAAACGUUGGACAACGGACAAUAUUAAACUGAAGCUUUAGGAAACCUUAGAACGUUUAUAUAAAUGUAUUUUUUAUUACCUUUUUAUAUAUGUAAUUAUUAAAAUUUUUAAAUAUAUAUUUAUAUAUAAUAUAUAUAUAUAUUAAAUAAUCGCAAAUCACAAGCUGAAUAUCA